AUGUUCGACUUAAAUAUAUUCUUCUUCGCCAUUAUACAUAUGUCAAUAACUUUUUCGACUGGCACUAAGUGGUUAAUCGAUAAUCCCGGAUUUUAUGAUAGUAAAAGUUGGUUAAAUGAUUAUCUUCCUUGUGCCCGAGAAACAGUAGUAUUUCCAGAAAAGUAUCCAGGUGUAUUGCCGUUACCGGAACUUGUUGAAGUUGGCGGUUUUGUAUUGCCCGCAGAUGGUGCCAUACUUUUGAAUAGAGAGUCUACCAUAGUACUAAAAGGGGAAUCAAAGAAAAGACCCUGCGAUAGAGGCAAAGCUUAUAUACGCUCGCCCAAUGUACACAAAUGGUUUAAUCCAACAACUUGGCGCAGCAUUGACGAGAAGAAAGGAAAUAAGGCGAUACCGACUUUAGAAAAGAUACCUUGCAAUAAUGAAUCUGUUGUUAUACAAAGUAAAGGACCUUUGGCUUUUGAUUUGGAAAAUGUACCUUAUCUAAGAAUGGGUCAAUUAAGUUUUGCUGGGUCUUUGCUGUCUAAGGAUUAUGUUAGGCAGUUACUGUAUACCAAUCUCGGUGAGCUAUUGUUUCGUAAUCAGGCGGGCGUACGAGUGGAAUACUAUUAUAAUGACGUUUGUGGCUGUCAUAGAGAUUAUAAUCAUUUUUUGGAGCCUGUUUGUCAUAACGUCAUGAAAUCAUGUGAGAAACCCCAUUGUCAAGUUUCAAUUGUGCCAUUGGGCAGUUGCUGCAGUAUAUGCGGCUCCCUGCUAAGUUUCAAGGUGGGUAAUUGCGACAGUAAAAGAUUGCACACGCUCCAAACUAUACUGGAGAGAGCCGCAAAGGAACAAAAUCUGCAAAACGAUUUAGACUAUCACGUGAAUUAUUACAGUUCAAAAGACUAUGGCAUCUACUUGCAAGCGAUUAUAGUCGAUCGGAAGAAUUAUAAUGAGAAAAGUGUCAAUUUUGUGAAGAGCCUUAACAGUAGCGUUAAUUGGAUAAAGAAGUUAAAUUUACAAUCAUUGGCCAAUUACAAAUUACAAUAUUCGGGACGUCCGUAUAAUCCAGAUAUAACAUUCGGUUCGGUUAUUUUAAUUAUACUAUGCGUGAUGUUGUGCGCCAUAGUUGCUUUAAUAAUAUUUGCUCAUUAUGUACCACAUCACCGAUAUUUGUUAUAUAUACCGCAAUGGAUGUACGAUCCAAGGCGAUGGGUGGCCUAUAAUUGGAGAGGUUUAUUACAUCGAUCUAAUUUUAUGUUUGCACGUUUCGACAAUGCUAGAAGUAGUGCACGGGAUGUAACGGCGGGCGCCGGUACUCGUAUGCCAGUAGUGAUGGGUUAUGAUGCCGAAAAUGAUAGCAUUAGAGAAAGAGCUUUCGAUAAUCCCAUGUUCAGUGAAGAGCCCGCUGUUUUAGCUAAGAAACCAGUAGGGAAGAAAAAUGAAGAGCACUUACCCACGGAAAGUGUUGCGAGCCUGAGUGAUAAGAAUCGGAGUAAGAAAGAUGAACAAGAAUUAACUGAAAUUAAGUUAAUAUCAUCCUCAGAGGGAGAGGAUACAGAAGAAGAAACCAUGGAAUGAAAAACAUUACCUUUUCAUGGCUGCAUGCUGAAAUAAGGCAAU